CAAUCUAAUACGAGGUGGAUUGUUUAGAAAUUUCUCUCAAACUCCAACUUGCGUUGCUCUCAUUUCCUUCCUCUUCCUACCUUCAUCCAAUAAAAAAAAUCGAGUAGUUGUAUCACCACCAGUAGUCGGCGGCGCCUCUGCCAUUCUGGAUUUUCAAUUUGGAGGAUCCCGACCACCACUCCUUCUCUGCCGCUUCUAUUCUCGGUGUUCACCACAGUAAUUUGACAAUGAAGAAAGGCUUGCACCCUCAGAUGCAAUGGAUAUCCUACGUCACACAGAGUGGUAGAUUACUGAAUGUCAUGAUGAGUAAAAUUCACCGAGAACCCAAAGUCUACCACUUCAGAGCAAAACGUCAGAUGGCUCAAAGCUUGGGUCAGAUUGCCAAGUUCAAGCGCCGUUAUGAGCAGGAGCAAAAGGAUGAAGUUAACAAGGAAGAAAAAUAGGACCUCUAGCUUUUUCUGUUUACUAAAACUCAGUUUCAAUGUGUUGAAAUAAAUUUAUUAUCUUGGCAUUAUCUGACAGGAAUUUCAGUACUCUCAUUUGGAAGGUACUUUCUUCCGUUAUCUUAAUCCUUGAUUUCUGCUUAGUUUUAGGAAAAUAUCCGGAAGAUAUCACUCCAGAUCACAGUAUUGAUUACUGAUUACUUUUCAUUUGAGACAAAUUGGGGAAGAAAUUAUUUGCAGAUAAAAACAUCCUUGUUACUUUA